UUUCUUUUUUUCCUUUCUACUGCUCCAUUUUCCGAAUAUCUUUCCCACGAGGACGAGGGAUUCCGUAGUUCAUUCAUUCUUCUGUGAAGAUUCGAAAUUGUUAGAUCUGUUAUUUUUUUUUUCUUUAAUUGAAGCAAGAUGUCGACAGAGUCGUGGUUUAGUAGUUUAUGGAAGAAUUCGUGGAGAAAUAACCCUGAACAUGAAAGAGUCACUAUUGGUGUGUUGGCAUUUGAAGUUGCAAACUUGAUGUCACAGGUGGUUCAUUUAUGGGAAUGUCUGAGCGAUAAGCAUACAGUCAGAUUUAGGGAAGAGAUCAUGAAUUCGGUUGGUAUCAGGAAGCUUGUGUCUGACAACGACGAUUUCCUUGUGGGUUUGGUCUUUACUGAAAUGGUUGAAACCUUGUGGUUUGUAGUGAAAUCCGUGGCUAGGUUUGGGAAGAAGUCCUCGGAACCUGUACUGCAGCGGUUUGAGAAUGCAUUUGAUGAGCUUGUCAAGACUGAUGAGGAUCUAUAUGGCUGGGAAUACACCUGGAAGAAGAUGGAAGGGAAAGUUAAGAAGAUGGAGAGAUUCUUUGCUAUUAGCACGAACUUGUAUCAAGAGCUGGAAGUGCUUGCCGAACUGGAACAGACUCUGAGGAGAAUGCAGGCAAGUAAGGAUGACCCGAAUCGGGUAAGCUUACUUGAGUUCAAGCAGAAGGUUUUGUGGCAGCGGCAGGAGGUGAAGUAUCUCCGAGAGAUCUCUCUAUGGAACAGGACUUAUGAUUACACAUUCCGCCUCCUCGGGAGGUCUCUGUUCACGAUAUUCAGGCGGAUCAAACUUGUGUUUGGAAUCAAUCAGAAGGUAGCUGUGGAUGGACUCUAUGAUCCCAAAGUUUUUAGUACAUAUUAUCUUUCUCGAAGUUACUCUGGUUCUGCGCUGAUGCAGCCAUCAGUUCAUCCAUGUGAGAAAACCGAAGCAAUGUUCUCUUCAGGUCCUCUAGUUAAGGCAAUUUCAAAAUCGGGGCCUCUUUCUGACACACAGAAAACUAGCAGCAGGCAUCAGCAUACUCAUGAGAACUCGUCUACCCCUGCCCAUGGUAAGAAACCACAUUCAAAAGCAAAGCGGUUAUCUACUGUAGGCCCUUUCAAAGGAUGCAUGACGGGUGAAAGUGACAUUCCAGUAUUGCAAAGCUACGCACCUGUAAGUCAUGGCUUCCGAAAUUCCAAUGUUGUUUAUUCAGGAAUUCUCAAUGGACUAAAAGAUACUAAUUCAGAACUGCUUACUCACAGCAGCAUAGUCCAUACUAAUGUAUCUGUCUUCAGUUCUAAGCGCAGAUUGCUGAAUGCUCCUCCAUCAACUCUUGGUGGUGCUGCUUUAGCACUCCAUUAUGCAAAUGUGAUUAUUGUAAUAGAGAAGCUAGUGAAAUAUCCCCACCUGAUUGGUCCCGAUGCAAGAGAUGACCUGUACUAUAUGUUGCCCACAAGUGUAAGGAUGGCGCUAAGGGCUAGGCUAAAGUCAUAUGCCAAGAACUUGGCUUCAUCCUUUUGUGAUGCUGUUCUUGCAGCGGAAUGGAAUGAUGCUUUAGCAAGGAUACUAGAAUGGUUGGCCCCACUUGCUCAUAACAUGAUAAGGUGGCAUUCUGAGCGGAAUUUUGAGCAGCAGAACUUUGUCUCUCGAACUAACGUGUUCCUGAUACAGACUCUAUACUUAGCUAAUCAGGUGAAGACAGAAGCUGCAAUAACGGAGCUUCUUGUGGGCCUCAAUUACAUUUGGAGGUUUGGAAGAGACCUUAAUGCAAAAGGUUUACUGGAGUGCUAGCAGCAGAAAUUUGGACAAUUAUUUGGAUACAAAGGGCUAAUUUUUUUCCACCCAUGGCCUAAUCUCCUAAAAAUUUACUGGAAGUGUCGUAAAAUGAAUGGUUGGCCACGUUCAAGAGCUCCAUGUAAAUGAGGUUUGACCAAGCAUAGUUUGAUGCUGAAGCCCAUGAUUUUAUUCAUGGAUUUGGUUUGGUGAAAACUGGUCAUCUGCUAAGAUGGGUGAGUGGCAUGGGUUUUAAGCAUAUUGAAUGCUUUGGUACCAAAUGGGCAUUGUUCGAGGAGUUAAAAGGUACAGUUUCAGGAAUCUGAGCUUUUUGUUUUCCCUCUUCUGAUGUGAACUGCAAAUCUUGCUUCUUGGGCCUUCGAAAUUGGCAAGCCCAGCCAGCGUCUCAUAAAUCAUAUUUCGACAUUGUACCAUUACACACUCCAGAGUCUCCCAAGAAUUGUAUACUGAUAGCAACAUUCAGUGGAAUCUGUAAAUUUUACUAUAUAGAAAGUUUAUUCUCUCUCAA